AUGGCCGGCCUAUACAGGCAGUGCAGAGAUAUCAUAGACAUUGGCCUGCAAGGUUCUGCAUGGCCGGCCUACACAGGCAGUGCGGACACCGGCCGGUGUCCUGUACACCUGGUUUUGCAGGCCAAUUACUAUAAGACUGAAAGGUGUGACCACAGCUACCACUAUUACAUGCAGUUCAAUAAUAACGAUGUCCCAAAACCAGUGCAACACAAACCUUACCUCGGUGAUCUCUUGGUGCACCUGAUGAAGGGUUGCUAUUUCAACGGACCGAAGUCGAUCGGCACUGUGUAUGCAGUGCUCUUUUGGAAGGCCCAGGGGUCUCCUCCUAAGUUCAACUUCACGGGGAACCAGUUUAGCGAAGUCUAUGUUCUCCAUGUGCAAUUUCUCAAGGGCAUGAAGACAAAUGCCCCACACAAAUUCCACAAACUCAUGGCGGACAUUUUUGCUACAAUACAGGACCUCAUGCACAUCAAGAAGAUCACUACUGAUUUGAAAGAUGAUGCACUCGCAUUCCUUGACUUCGAUGGGAUGGACGAGUAG